AUGGCCUCACAAGAUGAGCCAGCUAGCAAGAAUGCAGUUGAUUUGCCUUCCCCGGCAGCGUUUGCCGAGUUGAUGGCUCUGAAGCGACUCGAGGGGUCGAACGGAACUCCCACCGAACCAGAGAAAGUCGAGCGGUUCCAGUCCCUCGCUGCACCAUUCCCUCCCGGUGAGGGGACCCGGGCAUUCGGCGGGCACGUCUACGCUCAAUCCGCCUACGCGGCAUCCAAAACGGUCGAACAGGGGUUCGUGAUCCACGACAUGACGGGCACGUUCAUCCUGCCAGGUCUUCUGGAUGUUCCCUACUUGUACACAGUCCGCCACCUGCGAGACGGAGGCAUGUACUGCACCCGCGCGGUCGAUGCGCGGCAAGACGGCAAAAUCUGCUUCUCGUGUUUGUGCUCGUUCAAGCGCGAUGAAGGCCAGCGGACGUUCCAUCAUCAGCCGGCCCCCGCGCAGGAGCGCUUCAAGGCCUUGCUGGCCGGCAAGCGGCCGGAGGACCAUCUGCCCAGUUACGGGGUAGACGCGGACUGGUGGAUCGAGCAGAUCGAGCAGGGGAACGUCACUGAGCGCGAGUUUCCCGGUUUGGUUGUGAAGAAGGUGGAUAUGAAAGACUACAACCAGACAGAGGAGAUCAAGCGGAGUCCGGAAAAAUUUCGCCAGCUAACGGUCUACUCGCUGAAGGGAUCACCACUGGAUCCGUCGAAAGUGUCGAGCAAGGAAGACCUCAAAGCCAGAGAGCAGGCAGGCGAAUUCGAUAAUCUCUAUGCCUGUGCGCACAUGUACUCGAGCGACAAGAACUCGCUGCUCCUGAUACCGCGCGCGUUAGGUCACAGGAACUGGACGGCUAUGGCGAGUCUGACCCUCACCGUGGUGUUUCACCAACAUGGUGACGCACUGAGGAUGAUUGACUGGAGUGCAGCAUCAAACAGUGCUGCGACUGAAUUACCAAAUAAAUGGUUCAUUCAGGAAGGUUGGACGCCUACAUCCGGUGAGAACAGAGCUAUUCAUGAGAGCUACCUGUGGAGUCCGGAAGGGACAUUGAUCGCCACCAGCUAUCAGGAUAGCAUGCUGCGGCUUUCAAACCCGGGUCGAGAAAGGCUUUAA